AUGGCAACUGCUGACAACUUCAUGGCCACAGAUAUCAAGUGGGAUCCAACUGGAAGUGACAUCAUCGGUGAUGGAGGAUGGUUUGCUUGGCGUCCAAGACCACCGUCUUUGUUGUCAGAGCAAAAGGAAAAAGAGGUGAAAAAAGAUCUGCGGCAGUCCAUGGAGAGGUACGAGGAAGAAGACGAAGAAGUGUUGGAUUUGUUAAGCAGACAAGAGAUGGAGAAGAGAAGAGUAAUGGAAGAAGAAUGGGAGAUGUGGAUAAACAAGUGGAAACAGCUGCAUGAGGAAGAGAAACUCCAAACGCAAAAUCUCUUGGUGAGGGAGAAGAAGAGGAAGAAGAGCAUUAUUAUGAGACCAUUGAGGAGUUGA